AUGUUUCAGCUCCCCCUCUACUUUAUCAAAAUUAGUUUCGUGAUUGGGUCAACGGUUGCAGUGGCUGCGCUGCUUGGAAUUUACAGCUACCAGAACAGCAUCAUCUAUCCCUCUGGCCUGAACGGGGCGCGCGACCACGUCGACACCCCUGCCGAGUACGGUCUGACUUACGAGGACCUUACUCUGCGGACGAAAGACGGCGAGACGCUCAGAGGCUAUCUCCUUCUGCACGACAAGAACAGCGUCGACUACACGAACAAGACGGUGAUGAUUCUGUCGCCCAACGCGGGCAACAUCGGCCACUUCCUGCCCGUUGUGAAAUACAUCUACGAGCAGUUGCGCUACAACGUUCUGAUCUAUUCGUACAGAGGCUACGGCAAGUCGACAGGGACGCCGAGCGAAAAGGGGCUCAAGAUCGACGCCGACACCGUGAUGGAGUACGUGGCGUCGCACACGCAGCUCGCAGAGUCGUCGCUUGUGUUGUACGGCCGGUCUUUGGGCGGCGCGCGUGCGCAAGGUCAUUCCGCACAUCUUUCCGAUUCUGUCGCCGUUCAAGGCCCUGUGCCACGAGAUCUGGGCGUCCGAGGACGAAAUCGUGCGCAUUCCAGACUCCAUUCCAAUUCUGUUUCUGAGCGCGCUCGAGGACGAGAUCGUGCCGCCCGAGCACAUGCGCGCGCUGUACGAGCUGAGCAAGUCGAAGAACAAGACCUGGAAGGUGUUCGGCGGAGCACACCACAACGACACCAUCAUGCAACCCAAGUACUGGGACUACUUCUACGAGUUUAUGCGCAACAUCAAUCCUGUUGA